AUGCCCUUCCGUGAAGGCCAGGUCAGAUUCGCCCCAGGAACAAUCGACCGUUCUCAGAUUUCUGCCGCCGUCGAACUCCUGUCAUCCACCAAUGUGCUUGCAUAUACCGCUCCAGACCUCCCUGGCAAACAGAGCCCCAACGGACUUUCCUCUUCUUCAUCCUCAUCUUUCCGCUCUGCAGAUGAUCUGGACGCCUCAAACUUCACUCCGGCCACAUCUCCAGCCGUUUCGUCGCGAGUUGAAUCUCCUGUUUCUACAGAACCCAGCCUUCCUUCCUACUUCAACUCUUCAAAGCAAUCAAAACCUAGCGCUAGGUCUUCGGCCUCCUCGUCUCAAUCCAAAGAUAGUACACCUCCAAUCCCACAAAGGGCGCUAUUACAUACAAAGUCGCACCCCAAUCUCGGCCGAGAUCCAUCUACACCAAAGGCAAUGCUUCCUCCAAUUUCUCUCAAUCAUCCAGAUGGCUCCCGGGUAAAUCAAGAACCAUACAAUACUUUACCGGAAUCUGCGCAUCCAUUUGGGAAAGAAUUAGCCCAGGUGAAUGAAGUUGCAGAGGAAUUCACCCGCAGCGUACGCGAUGAGGAAGAAGAAAUCCUACUGAAUAAGGGAUUGAUAAAGUACCGAGUGGAAGAUUACAUUUUUGAGAUCCAAGAUCUUUACGAAACAUAUUUCGGAGACGAGUCGAGCGAGCGACAACAACCCGCAAGCGCAUGGAUCUAA